AUGAAGAGGGAGGAAGAGGAACUCUUAUCUGUCGACUGCCAAAGCUGCGCUCCGAGAUAUUGAUCAGAAGACACAACAUAUUAGCAUUACAAACCAUCAACACACACUCAUAUAUUACACCCAAACAAAUUCGGAUGUCAAAAAGGACAAAUAGAAUACUGUAAAUUCUCUAUUUACAGUCUUUUUAGAUUCCCAAGUUUCUGGAAAGGGCUUUGUGUAUUCAGGCUUGUCAUGUUUCUUAUAUAAUGUUACUGCAAAGCACUUCAUCUGAGUGACAGCGUGUGUGUGUGUGUGUGUGUGUGUGUGUGUGUGUGUGUGUGUUUCAGGAGGAUCCAGACGCAGAGGAUGACAUGACUCUUGGCGAGAUUGAGGAGUGGGAGGAGCAACAGCUUGACGAGCAGGUGAACUUCAACAGCUGCAAGAUUGACCCCGCCCCCUUCCAGCUGGUGGAGCGCACUUCACUGCACAAGACUCACACCAUCUUCUCUCUGCUGGGUUUGGAUCACGCUUACGUCACCAGCAUUGGGAGACUCAUAGGAGUAGUUUCACUGAGAGAGCUGCGUAAAGCCAUCGAGGGCUCGAUGACGGUGAAAGGCGUGAAGGUUCGUCCGCCGCUGGCCAGUUUCAGAGACAGUGGCACCAGCAGCGAAAGCGAAGCCACUGAGCUUCACAAACUGUGGGAUCGUCACACCAGCAUCAGCAUUCCCCGAGAACACCAGCCCAACGCCUCCGACUCAGACGACAAGUCACAUUGACCGCAGCCGACGCUCGCAUCCAAAAACCCUCGGGUCUUCCCUUCUGGAGAAUCAGGGACUGUCUGGACUCUGUCGAGGCUCCUCCAGUGUGUGUGUGUGUGUGUGCGUGUGUGUGUUUAUAUGUGUGUGUGUUGCAGACCAGAGACAGAUCAUUUCAUUUUUGACGUUACCUAUCAUUCCCUUUUUCACUAUUUAAGAAAUGUGAUGCACAAGAUCUGUGUUGCAACUUCAUCUGUUGACUCAUGUUUUUUAUGUUGGGCAAUUUAUAUCUCCGUUUUUUUUUCUCUUGCAGUCGCACUUAUGACUUUUCCUGCAGUUAGGUCUUUUCUUCUUGCAAUGGACUUUUUUUCUCGCAACUUUGACUUCUCGCAAGUGACUUUUUUUUUCUUGCUUUUCUAAAAUUAUCAUUACUUUUUGAGUUUUCCUCUUGCGUUGCCUUUCUGAUUUAUUGCCUCUAAAUAAUGCAUUUUCUCUAUUUUUCUAGCUCUUUUAACUUUUCUCGCUAGUCUUUAUCUCAUAAUCAUGUUUUUUUUUUCUCGCAAUUUACUUUUCUCUUAGUUACAACUAUUCUCGCUAUUAGAACUUUUUCUUACAAUUAUGACUUCUUGCAAUUAGGAUUUUCUCACAGUAGAUUUUUCUCGCAAUUGACUUUUGUGUUUUCACAUGCAUGACUUUUUUUCUCCCAAUUGUGACUUUUUAUCAAGUAUACAUUUUCUUCGCGCAAUCAUGACUUUUCUCAAAAAAAAAAAUUCCCAGCAAUUUUGACUUCUGUUAUGAUUUUUUUCACAAUUAUGACUUUUUCGCAAUUAUGACACUUCAUCUCGCAACUGUUUUUUAUUUUCACAGUCAUGACUAUUAACGCAAGUAAGGUCGCAAAGGGGUGGAAAAUUUCCGUUAAAUUU